ACAGAUUGUGACAAUCAGAUGACUAUUGUAUUCAAUACAACGUUCACUCAUAUAAAACCCUUAAAACCCUUUCCUUUCGUCCAUUCAUUGCAUUUGUUUUAUUGUUUUGUCUUUAAAUGUGUUUUGAUUGCAAACAACGCAUCCAUUAAUGCAUUCAGACAUUGAUUUCCAGUGAUUACUCAUUAAUAGUGUUAUUGUUGUUGUGAUUGAAACACCCGUUCAUUGCUUUCAUUGCUUCACUCAAUCACAACAACAGUCUUGAGUCCAAACUGAGCCCACCUUUGAUGACAUAUUUGACCGCUUUUUAUGAAUUGAUCGUUGAAUUAGUAAACGGUGUUUGAAAUGAUGGCCCGACAGGCAGUUGUGGUCAACGUUUACGAUAUGGCAUCGAUAAACCAGUACUCAUCCUCUCUGGGGAUCGGGAUCUACCACUCGGGGGUUCACGUCUACGACACGGAGUUUGGUUACGGCGGACACCCUUUCAGUCUUUCGGGAAUCUUCGAGAUUGAGCCCAAAGACGUGGAAUCGCUGGGAGAAGACAACUUCAAAUUCAAAGAGUCAGUGGUCAUCGGUUACACUGACUUUAGUCGCGACGAUAUAACAGAGAUAAUUGAAGAGAUGGGCAAAGAAUACAAAGGAGAUAAAUACCAUCUUUUGCACAGGAAUUGCAAUCAUUUUACCGAAGCAUUAGUUAAGUAUUUAUGCGGCAAAUCGAUCCCUUCGUGGAUCAAUCGAUUGGCGUAUAUAAGCACUUGUGUGCCAUUCCUGGAACGAUGUCUUCCUAAAGAACUUUUAAUACCUGUGGCUCUGGAAGAGUCCAUCAGAGAACAGGUGGCCAACGAAAGCGCUGAACACGAAGUGAUAAAAAACAAACUUUAAUUACAAUUUAGAAGUAAAUUACAGUCCAAUUAACGAACGAAUAGUACAUUUUAGUAUUUUUAUUAUCUUUAUUAAUCUUUUGCUGCCUUACUAUACAUUAGACAUAAGUUUUUUCUAUACAGACUAUUAACAGAUUUCCGGG